ACUUGCGGUUAGUUGACGCGUCUUUAGACGUGACGCUCUCAUGGGUUCCGAACCCGAUGGCGAAAGCAAUGUGGAGACCACUGUCCAACCGAUAUGGUCAGAUGCUAUCCUCGUAUUCCCUGCACUGGUACCGAGCCGACGACUUUGCACCCUCGAUCAUAUAAGUCCCCCUAAGGACGAGGUCGUAUGUCUCGACCAAGAUACAACCACCUGUUCAAAACCACAUUUGAUACUCUUGCCAGGGAUUCCGCGAAAUGAUGGGUCGUCUCGUAACUUUCAGACCAAGUCCCCGGGUCAGGCACAGGAAUCCUACACCUAUUGUAGACCCGACCCGAGCAUCAUCGCACCUCUACGGAUACAAGCUGCGCAACAGAAGUUGGUCUCGACGCAGCAGGCUGGUCUGACAUUCCUUCCAUCGUACAUGACAUGCCCCCACCCACCCACGCGGAGAUGCAAAUUUGGUCACAUCCUUGGACCUCCCGGCAUGAUGCUGCAUGCCUCAAUGCAGGCACAAAUCCUCUCGAGUGUUUAUGAGGGCUGUCCAACUUGAUCGUGGUUGGUCGGCGAAUGCUGAGGGGUGAGCGAGGCAGAUCUUGGCACCGCAGGCACACGCCAUCCGUUCCGUACCGAGAU